CUUCCCGGCCACUCAUAGCCUCUUGGAUCCCCACGGGGUAAUGGGUGUCCUGCUCCCUCGGCCGGCAUCGUGAGCCCUGGUUCUCCUAGUGCCUGACCAGGCCAGGCUCACGAGUGUCCUCGACCCCUGCCCGUCAGUGGCAGUGGUGUCACCCCAGAAUCCUCUUCCCAGGCAGACAGCCUGGGCCCCUGCAGGGAACCAGGCGUGGAGAGAGCCACGUGGUCCCUGAUGGGGAACACGGGGCUCACCAAGACGGGAUGAGGAGGCUGUCCCAGCCCAGGCCCCAGCUGAGAUGGCGGUGACGCCGCCCACCUCGCAGGGUGCCCGAGAGUCCCAGAUGCUACGGCUCAGGUGGAAGCUCCUCUCCUCGCAAACUGCAAAGUGCUGUGCGAAGGUCCAUUGUUGUUGCUGUGGCAGUGACACCCAGGUCCUCCCACCAGCCUGUCUGGGCGGCUGUCCCUCGUCCCUCUGCUCGGGACCUACCUGCCCAGCGGUGGACACUGGUGUUGCUGUCACUCUGCGCACAUCGGAGGUCGUACGCUGGCCUCGCUUGUGUUGCACCAGCCUGUUCAAGAUUUUCAAAAAUUGUUGCUGCCAGCCCCAAGCCCCCCCGAGAGCCCCAGCCAUGAGCAACGGAUGGAAGGACCACCUUGGUGCCCGCAGCUCAGAGCCCCUCCCAGUCGUCAUCAUCGGCAAUGGUCCCUCGGGCAUCUGCCUGUCCUACCUGCUCUCGGGUUACAACCCCUACGUGAAGCCAGAUGCCAUCCACCCACACCCCUUGCUGCAGAGGAAGCUCACUGAGGCGCCGGGGGUCUCCAUCGUGGACCAGGACCUGGAUUACCUGUCGGAAGGCCUUGAAGGCCGGUGCCAAAGCCCUGUGGCCCUGCUGUUUGAUGCCCUCCUGCGCCCAGACACGGACUUUGGGGGCAACGUGGAGUCUGUCCUCAGCUGGAAGCACCAGAAGGAGCGAGCCAUCCCCCACCUGGUCCUGGGCCGGAACCUGCCAGGGGGCGCCUGGCAUUCCAUUGAAGGCUCCAUGGUGACCCUGAGCCAAGGCGAUUGGAUGGGGCUCCCGGACCUGCAGGUCAAGGACUGGAUGUGCAGGAAGCGAAGAGGUCUUCGCAACAGCCGGGCCACGGCGGGGGACAUCGCGCACUACUAUAGGGACUACGUGCUCAAGAAGGGCCUGAGCCAUAAUUUUGUGUCUGGCGCCGUGGUCACGGCCGUGGAGUGGGGGACGCCCGAGCCCAGCAGCCCCGGCGCCCGGGACCCCAGCCCCCUCUUCCAGGUGAAUGGCUUCGUGACCACCGCGGACCAGAGCCAGCAGCCCUUCUCCCUAUGCGCCCGCAACGUGGUCUUGGCCACUGGCACGUCUGACAGCCCAGCCCGGCUGGGCAUCCCCGGGGAGGCCCUGCCCUUCGUCCAUCGUGAUCUGUCGGCCCUGGAGGCAGCCACGCGGGCAGGCACCGUGUCCCCGUCCUCGGACCCCGUCCUCAUCAUCGGGGCGGGACUGUCGGCGGCCGACGCGGUCCUCUACGCCCGCCACUACAACAUCCCUGUGAUCCACGCCUUCCGCCGGUCCGUGGACGACCCCGGCCUGGUGUUCAACCAGCUGCCCAAGAUGCUGUACCCGGAGUACCACAAGGUGCACCAGAUGAUGCGGGAGCAGUCCAUCCUGUCGCCCAGCCCCUACGAGGGCUACCGAAGCCUCCCCGAGCACCAGCUGCUGCUCCUCAGGGAGGACCGCCAGGCCGUGUUCCGGGACCCCCGGGGCCUCCAGAAGGUCUUCGGCAUCGCCCUGGUGCUGGCCCUCAUUGGCUCCCACCCUGAUCUGUCCUUCCUCCCGGGCGCAGGCGCUGACCUCGCCACGGACCCCAGCCAGCCACUGAGCGCCAAGAGGAACCCCAUUGACGUGGACCCCUUCACUUACCAGAGCGUCCACCGGGAGGGCCUGUACGCCGUGGGGCCACUGGCCGGGGACAACUUCGUGAGGUUUGUGCAGGGCGGGGCCCUGGCUGUGGCCAGCUCCCUGCUGAGGAAGGAGGCCAGGAAGCCGCCCUAGCACCUGGCCUGGCAUCCUUGCACCCAGGCCCUAAAGAGGAGGGGAGAGCACCACGGCCCUGCUGGACGCAGAGCCCAUCCCAAGAUGCCCCAGUGAUGGAAGGGGGCCUCUCCUGGCAGGAGACAGGAGCGGCCACGAGCCCAUGCAACGGCCCUCUCAGAUGAAGAGUGAGAAACCCAGGCUGCCAGGACUCAGACCAGGGUGGAAAGAGUGACCACAGGACAGGGGAGGCCCAGAGCUGUAACUGGGGGUGAGAGCUGCCGGUGUGAGCUGGGGUCACCGGGGCCAGCUGAGCACCGAGCCAGGAGGACCCCAGGCCCUGCUCUUCCCAGAACCGGGUCCCAAAUAAAACCAGCGCCUGCCUGCA